AUGGCGUUAGGCCCGACUCUCGGAACUGGUCUGUUUAUCGGCGCCGGCCAGGCGCUGGCCAUCGGUGGCCCGGCCUCACUGCUCGUAUCCUAUAUAUUUUUAUCGCUUCUGACCUACUUUAUGGCGACGACGGUAGCAGAAGUCGCCUCCCACUCUCCAACUCGACAUGGUACACUAGUUGCAAAUGGGUUUCGGUACAUGACCACCAGCCUAGGGUUCGCCGCCGCCCUUCUCCGUUGGUAUACUAUGGCAAUGUUUGUACCUUACGAGAUCACCACGGCAGUGGUCAGCCUAGGGCUAUGGAAUAAAGGUUCAAGGAUUGCCUCACGAAUGCUGAUCAUCAUGAGUAUCAUCAUCGGGUUCAACUUUCUCCCGGAGAGACACUUUCGAAGCUCCGAACGACUCUUCACCCGGAUCAAGAUCGGCACUUUGAUCUUUCUUCUGGUGCUAACGCUUUCAAUUGGUCUUGGCGGUGCCACUGGACACGAUGUUUGGGGUUUUCAGUACUGGAGAAAGCCAGGAGCCAUGCAUGAAUACUUAAGUCAUGGUGCAAUGGGAAAGUUCUGGGGCUUGUUUCAAUGUCUUCUCCACAGCUCUAUUGCAUUUACUUUCACCCCGGAAUUGAUUGUUCACCGGGCGGAAACUCUGGAAUCAAUUCAUGGUAUAGAGAUCGGCGAAGAAUUGGAUCCAGUCGUUCAAUCGAGCCUCCCACGCAAAGUCGCGGUUGAUGUUGCCACUACGGUAAUUCCCUAUGUCUUCAGUGCCUUGGCCGUGGGCGUGAUGGCUCCAUAUGACAACCCCCUGCUCACCAACAAUGGGGCGGGUGCGGGUAUGUCACCCUUCGUGGUUGGAAUAAAUACUGCACGCAUUCGCAUUCUUCCCAUGACCGUCACGCUUGCCAUUCUGCUUUCCUCAGUGGCCUCGGGUCGGUCAUUUCUCUAUCUUUCCUCACGGACGCUGUGCGCGAUGGCUGAGCUUGGCCAUGCCCAUCAAAUAUUCAAGGUCCGCAACCGAUGGGGUAUUCCAUAUGUUGCUGUGAUGAGUUCUGCGUUGUUUGCCCUGCUUGCCUUCAUAUCAAUCGCGGCCUCCAGCCCCGUCACCACAACCUACUUCCUUGUCUUCGUCAAUAGCUCAGGAUAUCUGUCCUGGCUAGUCUCAUGCGCGAUCUACCGCCAUUUCCGCCGGCGGUUGCAUCUGCGUGGGACCACCAGCUCCUAUCGCUUUGUGGCUCAACCAUUUGGGACAUAUUUCGGGGCCUUUGUAAGUGCCGUCCUACUGCUGUCGAAUGGGCUGGUAGGAGCUAUACCAGGGCCUCGCCCUGGAUCAAGAACAUCCCGGCUCCUUGCAGCAUAUUUCAGCAUCCCAUUGUUUGCGCUUCUCUACUUUGUGCAUCGCUUCCGAGAUAUGAUUCCAUAUCGGUCGCCAAUUUGUGAACCACAAGAGUUCUGUAACAAGGCCGCCUCCGAGGGGAUUCAACCUCAGCAAAGGUCGCCAACUGGAAGUCCUGGGUCUCCCGACACACUUGAGAUGGACCAGGUCUGGUCAAUGGCUAUGGAGGCCUGA